AUGUCUGAGACCGAGAAUGUUGAUGCACCUGUUCAGACCGAGGUUCAUGCUAACGAGCAGGCCCAAGUUCUACCACUAGAAGAGACCCCGAACACAGAUGGGAACAACGACCCUACAGACGACAACGAGAACGAGAAAGAGACAAGUGCAGAACCGGUAGCUACCGAGCCAGAUGAUCCCACGCAGACUGCGAUAGAGCCGGAGGGUACCGCGGGAGUACUAGAAGCGCAUCCACUGCUCACAGGUGAUGAAAAAAGCUUCAAACAAGCGGCCAAGACAUUCCUCAACAUCCACCGUGAUGAAGUGGCUCAGAGAGAUCGAGAGAUUUCCACGCUCAGAGCCGAGCUCAAGAGAAUUAGAGAAGCACUCAAAGCGAUAGAGUCGGCAGCGGAACACUCUACAAGCUCUCGGGAUGGCCGUGCGGUUCAAAACCAGGAACUUACAGAAGACAAUCCGGAUGUGACUUUCCAGAAGAUCAAGAAUAUAUGGGAGACGUGCUUCAACGCGGUCCACAGUGUAAUCGAGGAGGACGAUGUGAAAGAUUCAUUAUCAGACUGGAGCAUUGUCAACUGGUCCGAGCUGGAGGACAAGAUGCCUGGCUUCAACGCCUUCUCUGCUGAAUCGUCCAACAAACGAUCCCGAACAAUGCUCGUCAUGGCUCUCCUCGCUAAAUCCCUGGAAGAGUACAUUUUCACUCCGAACUAUCUUUUCGAGGAUGACGACGAACUCCGAUUCAUUCUCCACAAGAUGACCGACACUAGGAAGAAGAGUCAACUGCGGGAUCUCUUCCUAUCCAUGACCGGCAGCGACGACUUCAAGGAUGAAGUUGAAAAGGUCAAGGCCUUUCGUGUUGAGAGCGCCGUGGAUGGGGCUGUUAAACCUAUCCAGAGCUUGCUCUCGGAAGCACUGUGCGAGAAAGUCAAAGCCAGACUGUCCGACAUUCUGUGUGACGUUGUCAAGGCCUGGGAGCCUUUGCAGCGCUACGAAAGCCAUUUCGAAGUCAGCACAGAACCCGGCCGUGCCGGUCGUGAGUGGUUGACAUUGCAGUUGAUGGACAACAACACUGUCGUCCUGGAGACUGUAAAUUCGAGCGCUUUCAGUACUAAUCCCGUCAUGGCGGUUGUCUUUCCUCGCGUGUGCGCCAUUGAUAGGUCGAGACGACCGGCUUUCACCACUGUGUUCCCAGGUGUCGUUUUUCAGAAGUCGCAGGCUCUCAUUGACGAGUCGGACACGGUGUGUGUUGAUCGGGCCACUGUGCCUGCUCCGGAAGACACAGUCGAAGCAGCAGCCGCAACCGCAAAUGAUCCACAGGACGUGUCGGAAACCGUGGAAUCUCCAACAACACGGGAGGUAAUCACUUUCGAACCUGACAAAGAACCUGUGAUCGGGCAGGCGGUCAAGGAGGAGAUGAAGCCCAUAGAAGGACAAGCCGCCCCCAUUACUGGAUCCGAGUCUGAGAAUUCGAGUUCAGAAGACGAGAGUGAUGACGAUAGUGGAACUGAAUCGAAUACAGAGGACAACUGA